CACAGUCUCACUCUGUAAUAAACAAUCCACACCCUUCCCUUUCCUCCUCCCUUCUCCCGAUGCACUUUGAGCUCCUCGACUCCCCAACUCUCCGCCUCCUCCGACUCUCCGCCUCCUCGUCACACCCCUCGGACCGUCGCCAUGGCGGGUCAGGCCCCGCCACCCCCGCAGGAGGGCCUAGGUGACGACUUCCUGGAGCAGAUCCUGGCCAUGCCCUCGUCCUACGGUACUGGGGACGAGGCUAUGCUUGCCGACGGUAUGGCCCUCCAACGCAUCUCAGCCGAUGGCGAUGGUAUGGCGUUCCAUCUAGGGCUGAGCUUGGAGCAGGGUUCUUCGUGCGGGAAGCGGCUCUGCGAGGGGAUCGACGCCAAGGCGGAGAGAGAGUCGAUGCAGUUGGCGGGAUUGCUUCCGCCGGGCUUCAUGCAACUCCACACUCAUCAAAUCCAGUCAACUCCUCCACAGAUUUUCCAUGGUCAAGUGAAGCAAGGUGGAGUCACUGCAAUGCCACAACCUCCAGCCCCACGACCGAAGGUGCGAGCAAGGCGUGGCCAAGCCACAGAUCCUCAUAGCAUUGCUGAGCGGCAACGGAGAGAACGAAUAUCAGAAAGACUAAGAACUUUGCAGGAAUUGGUGCCCAACACUAAUAAGACUGAUAGAGCAGCAAUGCUUGAUGAGAUUCUAGACUAUGUCAAAUUUUUGAGGCUUCAAGUGAAGGUUUUAAGCAUGAGUAGACUAGGUGGUGCUGCUGCUGUUGCACAACUUGUAGCUGAAAUUCCUGCAUCAGUGGAGGAGGAAACUAGUGAGGGCGGCAGCAGACAGCAUAUUUGGGAGAAAUGGUCAACCGAUGGCACAGAAAGGCAGGUUGCGAAGCUCAUGGAAGAAGAUAUUGGAGCUGCAAUGCAAUUCCUCCAGUCCAAAGCCCUCUGCAUGAUGCCAAUCUCACUCGCCAUGGCGAUCUAUGAUACCCAACACCAAUCUGAAUCCGAAGUCAAGCCAGAACCAGAUACUCCUUCAUAAGCUAUAAUCCAUCAACCAAAAACCCAAAUCAGCAGCUAAUCCAUAUCUCCUUCAGCGUGUAGAAAGGCUCCUGCGAUCACCCACCUUCCAACAGCAACUCAACCUGAUGCAGAUCCUGUAUGUCUUGUUUUCUCGUCCUACAUUUUUUUUUUCAAAAGUGUAUUAUCACAAACACAUGGCUGGUUCUUAGAUUCUAUUCAACUACAUAUGUUUGGAUGUGUUUUUGAAUGGCAGAGAGAGUAGUAUCAGAUAGAUCUCCCCUGCUUUUUACUUUGUUUAGUGGGGAACUGUGAUGCACCAACUGGUUACAUUUUUUUUGUCAGCAUGCUAAUCAAGAGCCGAGUUGAUAUA